AUGCUUUUGUUUCUCUUUGUGAUGGGUUUGCUCUCUGAGACUCUGUGCUCUUCAGCUUUAGAAGCAGAACCUGGUGAUAAUGUCACUAUUUGGUGCCAGCAUGAGCUGGAUCAUGCAGGUUACAUCUUCUGGUUCUACCAGUACCUCUAUACUGCUUCAUUAAGUACCACUUCAGUACCACUUCUUGUUGGGUGCAGGCAUUUUAAGACAUCAGGUCCACCACAAAAGUGUUACUUCUAUAAUGACAUUGAGCGCAUGGUGAUUUCUGUUCAUGGCAGGAACACGUCUCUCACAAUCACUGCAGUAAAUGUCUCUGACACGGGACUGUAUUACUGCAGCUUCAUGCAACUGAACCAAAUUUCAUUUAGCAAUUCAAGCUACUUGAGGGUGAAAGUUUCAGGGGGAAAUGAAACACUUCCCAAGAACAUAGACAGAGCACAAGUCCAAGCUUCAGUCUCUUCUGCUGUGUUCUUCAUGCUGAAUGUAGCGUUUGGUGUAGUGAUUGUGAUUCUUCUCUGUGUCCUGAUCUUCAUCAUACUGAGGCACAAAAAAACACACAGAGUUGAUAAUGCUGAAGCAGAUCAGGAGCAUGACUCUGUGAAUUAUGGACCUGUACAGCUCUCUAAGAAAACCAAGAGGACAAGGGGACAUGGUGAAAUAAAGGAACUAUGUGAUAUUUAUUCAUAUGUUGUAUAUCAUAAAUUAGCUUAGCAAUGAUGGGAUAGCGUGCUCAUGUAGCAUUAGUGACAGUAUAACGAUACAUGCUGCUCACAAUUUGAUUCACGAUACUGGCUUCAUGAUUCAUAAUUCAAUUGGAUUCUCAGAAUAUUUUGAACAAAUCUUGACUGAAGAAAGAUUAUGACUGAAAAGACUCCUUUGUAUUUCUGAACCAUAAAAAAUAAAUCAAA